CAGCCUUCGGCAGGGUCCCCAGCUCAUGCCAGCCUCAUCUCCUUCCUUGCUAGCCCCCAAAGGGCCCCCAGGAGACAUGGGGGGCCCAGUCCGAGAGCCGGCACUCUCAGUCGCCCUCUGGUUGAGUUGGGGGGCAGCUCUGGGGGCCGUGGCUUGUGCCAUGGCCCUGCUGACCCAACAAACAGAGCUGCAAAAUCUAAGGAGAGAGGUGGCUCGGCUGCAGAGGACUGGAGGGCCCUCUGAGAAGGAGGAAGGGUAUCCAUGGCUGAGCCUCCAGGAGCAGAGCCCUGAUGCCCUGGAAGCCUGGGAGAAUGGGGAGAGAUCCCGGAGAAAGAGAGCUGCACUCAUCCAUAAACAGAAGAAGAAGCACUCGGUUCUGCACCUUGUCCCCAUCAAUAUCACCUCCAAGGAGGACUCUGAUGUGACAGAGGUGAUGUGGCAACCGGCUCUUAAGCGUGGGAGAGGUCUGGAGGCCCAAGGAUAUGUUGUUCGAGUCUGGGACUCUGGAAUUUAUCUGCUGUAUAGCCAGGUCCUGUUUCAUGAUGUGACUUUCACCAUGGGUCAGGUGGUGUCUCGGGAGGGCCAGGGAAGGCAGGAGACUCUCUUCCGAUGUAUCCGAAGCAUGCCCUCCAACCCCGACUGGGCCUACAAUAGCUGCUACAGUGCGGGUGUCUUCCACCUGCACCAGGGCGAUAUUCUGAGUGUCACAAUCCCCCGGGGAAGGGCGAAACUUAGCCUCUCUCCGCAUGGAACCUUCCUGGGGUUUGUGAAACUGUGAUUAUGAUACGGAUGGUGGUUUUGAGCUCGGAAGACGAGGGUGGGUAAUACUGGACACAGCCACGAGCUAACAGGAGCAGAGGCCUCUUCUGGGUUUGACCUCAACCCUGGGUUGGACGGCUCAUCCAUCUCCCUUCCUCCCUUUGCCUCAUCGCGCCCUCACCUUCUAGACUUCGCUUUCACGGAUAUUAAAGAGGUGUAACAUCUUGCUUUUGUCCCCCA